AUGGCUGACCUCAUGUGGAGCACUGUGAAAGAGCCUCUGGACACAGCUUUGUGCUUUGAUAAAGAGAGCCUUGACUUGGCUUUCAAAUAUUUUAUGUCACCCACACUAACAAUGAGGCUUGCUGGCUUGAGUCAGAUAACGAAUCAACUUCAUACUUUUAAUGAUGUUUGCAACAAUGAGUCCUUGGUAUCUGAUACAGAGACAUCUAUAGCAAAGGAGCUUGCAGAUUGGCUCAUCAGCAAUAAUGUGGUGGAACAUAUUUUUGGACCAAACCUACACAUUGAGAUCAUCAAACAGUGCCAAGUUAUCCUAAACUUUCUUGCUGCAGAAGGCCGGCUGAGCACUCAGCACAUUGACUGUAUCUGG